CAUCAACACAACCUGUUCCAGCCGGCCCGUCCCCACGGCAACAGCCCCUUCCGCAGCUCGCUCAUUGGCUGGCCCGGAGAAUGUAUCCAUUGAGACGCUCGCUGUUUGUAUCCAUUGAGGAGCUGCCUCGCGCUGGGGGUGUGCGAGGCUGAGUCCCAGGGAUAGUGAGCAAAUCGACUCUUAAAUAAUCCGAGGAGAAAGACGCCCGGGUAGAUUUGAGGUGCAGCCUUGGAGGGAGGGAUUAGGAGCCGCUAGACUUUUUUUCCUUCCGUCUCAGUAACACGGAGUCCGAAUUAAUUGGAUUUCAUUCACUGGGGAGGAACAAAACUGUCUGGGCAGCUCCAUUGAGAGAGAUUCAUUGACACUAAGAGCCAGCGGCUGCAACCGGGUGCAGAGAGAACCUCCGGCUUCACUUCUGUCUCGUCUUCCCCAAUCGCCAGCCUCGGCUUGGGUAAGGCGAGGCGGACUUAAACCCCGCUCUGAGAGCGGCAGCUUAGCGCGCGGUGCGUUCGGCCUAUGCCUGCCCCGAGGGGCGUCUGGUAGGCACCUCGCCCUCUCCCGCAGCUCGACCCCCAUGAUAGAUACGCUCAGACCCGUGCCCUUCGCGUCGGAAAUGGCGAUCAGCAAGACGGUGGCGUGGCUCAACGAGCAGCUGGAGCUGGGCAACGAGCGGCUGCUGCUGAUGGACUGCCGGCCGCAGGAGCUGUACGAGUCGUCGCACAUCGAGUCGGCCAUCAACGUGGCCAUCCCGGGCAUCAUGCUGCGGCGCCUGCAGAAGGGCAACCUGCCCGUGCGCGCGCUCUUUACGCGCGGCGAGGACCGAGACCGGUUCACCCGGCGCUGCGGCACCGACAUUGUAGUGCUCUACGACGAGAGCAGCAGCGACUGGAACGAGAAUACGGGCGGCGAGUCGGUGCUCGGGUUGCUGCUCAAGAAGCUCAAGGACGAGGGCUGCCGGGCGUUCUACCUGGAAGGUGGCUUCAGUAAGUUCCAAGCCGAGUUCGCCCUGCAUUGCGAGACCAAUCUAGACGGUUCGUGUAGCAGCAGCUCGCCGCCGUUGCCAGUGCUGGGGCUCGGGGGCCUGCGGAUCAGCUCUGACUCUUCCUCGGACAUUGAAUCUGACCUUGACCGAGACCCCAAUAGUGCAACAGACUCGGAUGGUAGCCCGUUGUCCAACAGCCAGCCUUCCUUCCCAGUGGAGAUCUUGCCCUUCCUCUACUUGGGCUGUGCCAAAGACUCCACCAACUUGGACGUGUUGGAGGAAUUCGGCAUCAAAUACAUCUUGAAUGUCACCCCCAAUUUGCCGAAUCUCUUUGAAAACGCAGGAGAGUUUAAAUACAAGCAAAUCCCCAUCUCGGAUCACUGGAGCCAAAACCUGUCCCAGUUUUUCCCUGAGGCCAUUUCUUUCAUAGAUGAAGCCCGGGGCAAGAACUGUGGUGUCUUGGUACAUUGCUUGGCUGGCAUUAGCCGCUCAGUCACUGUGACUGUGGCUUACCUUAUGCAGAAGCUCAAUCUGUCGAUGAAUGAUGCCUAUGACAUUGUCAAGAUGAAGAAAUCCAACAUAUCCCCUAACUUCAACUUCAUGGGUCAGCUGCUGGACUUCGAGAGGACGCUGGGACUCAGUAGCCCCUGUGAUAACCGGGUUCCAGCACAGCAGCUGUAUUUUACCACCCCUUCCAACCAGAAUGUCUACCAGGUGGACUCCCUGCAAUCCACGUGAAAGACCCCACACCCCUCCUUGCUGGAAUGUGUCUGCUCCUUCAGCAGUUUCUCUUGGCAGCAUCAGCUGGGCUGCUUUCUUUGUGUGUGGCCCCAGGUGUCAAAAUGACACCAGCUGUCUGUACUAGACAAGGUUACCAAGUGCGGAAUUGGUUAAUACUAACAGAGAGAUUUGCUCCAUUCUCUUUGGAAUAACAGGACAUGCUGUAUAGAUACAGGCAGUAGGUUUGCUCUGUACCCAUGUGUACAGCCUACCCAUGCAGGGACUGGGAUUUGAGGACUUCCAGGUUUAUAGGGUAGGACCAAAUGGUAGGGUAGGAGCAUGUGUUCUUUAGGGCCUUGUAAGGCCGUUUCCUUUUGCAUCUGGAACUGACUAUAUAACUGUCUUCAAUGAAGACUAAUUCAAUUUUGCAUAUAGAGGAGCCAAAGAGAGAUUUCAGCUCUGUAUUUGUGGUAUCAGUUUGGAAAAUAAAAAAUCUGAUACUCAAUUUGAUUACUGUAAAUAUUUGAUCUUAAAUCACUUGACAGUGUUUGUUUGAAUUGUUUUUUCCUUUGAUGGGCUUAAAAGAAAUUAUCCAAAGGGAGAAAGAGCAGUAUACCACUUCUUAAAAAAAAAAAAAAAAAAAAAAAAAAAAAAAAAAGAAAGAAAGAAAAUUGUGCUCUUUUCUAAUCCAAAGGGUAUAUUUGCAGCAUGCUUGACUUUACCAAUUCUGAUGACAUCUUUAUGGACACUAUUAUUACUAAGACCUUGUUAUGGCGAAAUCUUUAGUCUUUUUCAUGUAUCUUCCUCAUGAUUUUUUUUCUCUUUAUGUAGUUUGACUAUGCCUUACCUUUGUAAAUAUUUUGGCUUGUGUUGUCUCAAAGGGGAUAAUCUUGGAAAGACACCAAAUCAUGAGCUUACUUUUUUUUCCUUAAACUUCAGCUGUGCUAAACAGUAUAUUACCUCUGUAUAAAAUUCUUCAGGGAGUGUCACCUCAAAUGCAAUACUUGGGUUGGUUUCUUUCCUUUAGAAAAAAUUUGUAUAAAACUGGAAGUGUGUGUGUGAGCAUGGGUACCCAUUUGAUAAGAGAAAUGCAUUUGAUUGUGAAGAAGGGAGAAUUAAAUUGCUCCAUUAUGUUCGUGGUGUAAAGUUUUGAGCUGGAAUUUAUUCUAAGAAUGUAAAUCCUUAAAUUAUUAAUAAAUAACUAUUUUGGCUAUUGAA